ACUAGCUAGAAACUUAUUGCCCAAGAAAGAAAAUACCAUUGUUGUUAUAAAUGAACCUCCCACCUUGAUCCCUCAAUAACAAUGGAGGAAGUGAAGCUACUAGGAUUCUGGGCAAGCCCAUUCAGUCACAGAGUGAUAUGGGCUCUGAAGCUCAAGGGUGUGAAAUUCGAUUACAUAGAGGAAGACCUUCCCAAUAAGAAGAGUCAAUUGCUACUGCAAUACAACCCAGUUCACAAGAAAAUCCCUGUUCUACUUCACGGUGGCAAACCGAUCGCCGAGUCCCUUGUCAUCCUUGAAUACAUUGAAGAAAUAUGGCUGGAGAAUCCAUUGCUGCCAAAAGAUGCUUAUGAAAGAGCCUUGGCUCGAUUCUGGAUACAGUUUGGAUUGCACAAGGCCCCCAUUAUUCACGCAUUUUUCCAAAGCAGUGGAGAAGAACAAGAAAAGGCAACAAAAGAGGCCCUGGAAGUUCUGAAGAUCUUGGAAGAGAAAGCCCUCGGAGACAAGAAGUUUUUUAGCGGGCAGAGCAUAGGAAUGGUAGACAUUGCAUAUGGAUGGCUGGCUUAUUGGUUUUCAGGCAUGGAAGAAGCAGUGGGCGUGAAAGUGGUAAAUCCGAGCGCUUUGCCUCGCUUGUAUGCUUGGAUUCAGGUCUUUAAGGAAGUUCCUGUGAUCAAAGAGAACCUUCCUGACUAUGGAAAAAUGUUGGCCUAUAUGAAAUGCAUGAGGGCCAAAUUCAUUUCAGACCUUCCAUGUCACAAUCACUAGCUUCUUGCGUGCAUGGAUCCAGACUCCAGUGAUAUGUAUGCUGA